GCGGGGCUGCGGGGAGGGGGACGCUUCCCGCGGGCGCGCGCGGAGCGAGGACGGUGACAGCCACGCGCGCACGUGCGCGCCCGGCUGCCGCGCGCCCCCGAGCUCUCCCUCAGCCGCGGAGAGGCGCGCGGGAUCGGGGUCGCCGCCGUCUAAGGGGCCGGGUCCUGGUGACCUCAGCGUCCCCCGACCCGAGUCCCGGAGAGCCGGGCCGGUUCCCCCCCCCCCGUCGGUCCCAGCUCGCGUUCCCUCCCUUACGGCCGCCGGGGCCCGCCCCGCGACUCGCCCUUUGCCGCUCCCAGGGCAAGGGUCCUCGCGGCCCAUGCUGGCUGCUGGGGGCCCGCGCCGCCUAGACAGUUCCCGGGCCGGCCGGCCGGCCACCAUGGUGGCCCUGAGGCCUGUGCGGCUCCUCCAGGGGGGCUAACCGUCCCAGAGCGCAGGCCUUGGGGCGCGAGGGUCCCGGGCCGGAGCCCCCGCGCCAUGGCCGGGGCCAUCGCUUCCCGCAUGAGCUUCAGCUCGCUCAAGAGGAAGCAGCCGAAGACGUUCACCGUGCGGAUCGUCACCAUGGACGCCGAGAUGGAGUUCAAUUGCGAGAUGAAGUGGAAAGGGAAGGACCUGUUUGACUUGGUGUGCCGGACCCUGGGGCUGCGGGAGACCUGGUUCUUCGGGCUGCAGUACACGAUCAAGGACACCGUGGCCUGGCUCAAGACGGACAAGAAGGUGCUGGAUCACGAUGUUUCGAAGGAAGAGCCGGUCACCUUUCACUUCCUGGCCAAGUUUUACCCCGAGAACGCCGAGGAGGAGCUGGUUCAGGAGAUCACGCAGCACCUGUUCUUCCUGCAGGUGAAGAAGCAGAUCUUGGAUGAAAAGAUCUACUGCCCGCCCGAGGCGUCUGUGCUGCUGGCUUCGUACGCCGUCCAGGCCAAGUACGGCGACUACGACCCCUCUGUUCACAAGCGGGGAUUUCUGGCCCAAGAGGAACUGCUGCCGAAAAGGGUAAUAAAUCUGUAUCAGAUGACUCCGGAAAUGUGGGAGGAGAGGAUCACAGCCUGGUACGCGGAGCACCGAGGCCGGGCCAGGGACGAGGCCGAGAUGGAGUAUUUGAAGAUAGCGCAGGACCUGGAGAUGUACGGCGUGAACUACUUCGCCAUCCGGAACAAGAAGGGCACGGAGCUGCUGCUCGGCGUGGACGCGCUGGGGCUGCACAUCUACGACCCCGAGAACAGGCUGACCCCCAAGAUCUCCUUCCCGUGGAACGAGAUCCGGAACAUCUCCUACAGCGACAAGGAGUUUACCAUUAAACCGUUGGACAAGAAAAUCGACGUCUUCAAGUUCAACUCCUCAAAGCUCCGUGUGAAUAAGCUGAUCCUGCAGCUGUGCAUUGGGAACCACGACCUCUUCAUGAGGAGGAGGAAGGCCGACUCUUUGGAAGUGCAGCAGAUGAAAGCCCAGGCCCGGGAGGAGAAAGCCAGGAAGCAGAUGGAGCGGCAGCGUCUCGCCCGAGAGAAGCAGAUGCGGGAGGAGGCCGAGCGCACCCGGGACGAGCUGGAGCGGAGGCUGCUGCAGAUGAAAGAGGAGGCCACCAUGGCCAACGAAGCGCUGAUGCGGUCCGAGGAGACGGCCGACCUGCUGGCGGAAAAGGCCCAGAUCACCGAGGAGGAGGCGAAGCUCCUGGCGCAGAAGGCUGCGGAGGCCGAGCAGGAGAUGCAGCGCAUCAAGGCCACGGCCAUCCGGACGGAGGAGGAGAAGCGCGUGAUGGAGCAGAAGGUGCUGGAGGCCGAGGUGCUGGCGCUGAAGAUGGCCGAGGAGUCCGAGAGGAGGGCCAAGGAGGCCGAUCAGCUGAAGCAGGACCUGCAGGAGGCCCGCGAGGCGGAGCGAAGAGCCAAGCAAAAGCUCCUGGAAAUCACCACCAAGCCCACGUACCCGCCCAUCAACCCACUUCCAGCACCGCUGCCUCCUGACAUGUCAAGCUUCAACCUCAUCGGUGACAGCCUGUCUUUCGACUUCAAGGAUACUGACAUGAAGCGACUUUCCAUGGAAAUAGAGAAAGAAAAGGUGGAGUACAUGGAGAAGAGCAAGCACCUGCAGGAGCAGCUCAACGAACUCAAGACCGAGAUCGAGGCCUUGAAGCUCAAGGAGCGGGAGACGGCCCUGGACAUCCUGCACAACGAGAACGCCGACCGGGGCGGCUCCAGCAGCAAGCACAAUACCAUCAAGAAGCUCACCCUGCAGAGCGCCAAGUCCCGAGUGGCCUUCUUCGAAGAGCUCUAGCGGGGGACCCGCCGCCCCAGGAUCUACUGCCGCCGCCGCCGCUGCUCCUGUCUCCGGGGAUGGCCCGUCGCCCGGGCUGGGACCCCCGUGGGAGCGCGGAACUCCCCGCCGCCGAGGGGAGCGCCCACCCUCUCGUGUGCAAUGGCCUUGAACUGUGAGCCUGCGGGGGGUCCUCCCACCUGCCUCCGGUUCUCCUGACCUAAGUCUUUGAAUGUCUUUCCUCGUCUCAGCGUGUGUGAUCCCCAACUUCCUGCAUCAGAGGCUCCUGGGUGGGGGUGCUCACUGCCCAGUGCUGACCCCGGCCCUGGCUGGGAAGUGGGUAAAGGGUGUGAAGUGCACAGGCCCCUGGAGGCCAGGAGGCUGGUGUCUCCCCCUGCCUGCGGCGGCGCC